AUGGCUCCUUCACCAAACCCUGGCAGCGCACGAAACCCGUCGUCCAACCCCCCACCACCCAAGCGCGUCAAGACUCAACGGCGUGUCGAGCGAGCAACCGGUGGCCCGAGCCAGGCGGUGGCCGCCAACCCUCUCACCAAGGUUCAGACCGGCGCCAGGUUCAGUACCAAGAACUGGACCACCAUUAAGGCCCCCAACCUCGGUCCCAAUGCGACGGCCCGGACGGAAGAGCCAGUGGAAAAGCAACAAAACCUCUCGCCGCCCCCGGAGACGACAAACGCCCUGGGCCUAGUUCUGUCUCCCGGUGAGCUUCCUCAUCCGCUCCAGACACAAUGUUACAACUAUCCGCAGACCCCUCCAGCAAGCAAGUCUCUUCCAUCGAGAAGAGAACAAGCGGACAGCAUACCAGAACAGAUCCACUCACGUACCGGGGCUGGCCAGGAGUUGCGGCUGUCACCGCUCGAUAUCAGCUCGGCACCCCGGGCACCCUCCACCACAGCUUCACCCACGCUGUCUUUGGAGCCGCUGCAGCCCUCACCCGUACCGGAGGAGGAAGACGCCGACGCCGACCCCGAUGACGACGCUCAAGAGAUAUCGGAGGUCCAACAGCGCCUGAACAACAUGCAGGCCAAGAUCGACCAGCUGUUGACUGGGAAGGAGUCCCUGUUGGCCGCUGAGGCUGCGUGGAAGGAGAAGGAGGCUGAAUGGAAGAAGAAGGAGGCUGAAUGGAAGGAGAAGAAAGAGGGCGCCCAUGAAGCCGAACUCGACCACCUCAAGACUCAGUACGAGAGGAAGCUCUCUGACUUGCGGCAGGUGACGUCCAACGAGAGGCAGAAGUUGGAGGCGCGCAUCAAAGCACUCGAAGCCCAGUUGGCGGGGGUGGGCACGGGACGCGUCCUCGCUGAGGAGCGCGCCGUUCGCGCUGGGCCGGGUGGGAGCGACCAGGACGUGGCGGGCGCGAUCCAACGCGCCAUUUACGGGCUGCGCGGCGCUUCGGAUAACCCCACCCCCCAAGUGCAGUCCAUCGAGGCCGUGAUGUUCCAGCUCAAGGCGAACCGCAUCGAACUCGAUCUACUCGCUUCCCGCCAGCAGCGGGAGGAGGCUCACCCAGCGCACCGGCCAUGCUAG